AGGUUCUCAUCAGGAGCAGAGUUUUACGGGAAAAUGGAAAAUACAUUCCUAAACAAUCUUUCUUGAUGAGAAAAUUCUACUUCAAUAAUCAAGAAGAUGGAUUUUUCAAGAAGACCAAAAGAAAGGUGGUCCCACCAUCUCCAAUGACUGAUCCUAGCAUGUUGACAGACAUGAUGAAAGGCAAUGUUACAAACGUCCUGCCUAUGAUCCUUAUUGGUGGUUGGAUCAACUGGACCUUUUCUGGGUUUGUCACAACAAAGGUACCAUUUCCUCUCACACUCCGCUUCAAGCCGAUGCUGCAGCAGGGAAUUGAGUUGCUCUCUCUAGAUGCCUCCUGGGUGAGUUCAGCAUCUUGGUAUUUCCUGAAUGUGUUUGGUCUCAGGAGCAUGUAUUCUCUGAUUCUUGGACAA